AUGGAUUCCAAGGCACAUGUAUGCACAGUAUACCUGUUGUUGCUGUUUGCUUUUACGAGCGAAGCUCUGCCCAAUACCUUUGAUGUCACAAAAUAUGGUGCCAAGGCAGGAUCGGAUAUCACUAAGGCUUUAUUGAGUGCGUGGAAAGAGGGAUGUGCAGCAGCGGGUUCCGGCAAAGUCGUGGUACCAAAAGGGAAGUACUUUUUAGGCGUGGUGGAUUUGAUAGGCCCUUGCAAGGGUGCCAUGCAUCUUCAAGUGGAAGGAACGUUGGUGGCGCCAGCAAAAGCUAGCCAACACAGCAAGAAUAGCUGGGUUACAUUGAGAUACCUGGACCGAUUAACGGUAUCCGGUGGCGGGGCCUUCGACGGACAAGGAGAAAUUGCUUGGGAGCGAGCGCACUGUGGCGACAGAUGCAAGACACCACUUCCAAUUUGCGUAAUCGAUGUAUCAAAACUGUACCAGAACCUACGGUUUGACUUCGUCACCAACAGCAUAGUUGAGGACGUAACUUCCAUCGAUAGCAAGCAGUUCCACGUCAAUGUCCUCGGCAGCAAAAACCUCACCUUCCAGCGGUUUUCAGUGAAAGCCCCGGGACAUAGUCUCAACACCGAUGGAAUUCACAUUGGACGAUCGGAGGGGAUCAACAUAAUUAAUUCAAAUAUUGUCACCGGUGAUGAUUGCAUCUCCAUUGGCCAGGGGAGCAAGCAAGUACGAAUCACAAAUGUAAGGUGCGGACACGGGCAUGGCAUUAGUGUUGGAAGCUUAGGAAAGUACGAGAAGGAAGAACCUGUGUCCGGAAUUUAUGUAAAGAAUUGCACAAUAUACGACACUGACAAUGGCGUGAGAAUUAAGACUUGGCCCGCAUUGUAUGGUGGCACUGCGUCGAAUAUCCAUUUCGAGGACAUCGUCAUGCAGAACGUCAGCAAUCCCAUCAUUAUAGAUCAAAUGUACUGCCCAUGGAACCUAUGCAAUCGGAAGGUAACUUUUUAAUUUUCAUUUUUUUUCAACCAAAAAGGGGAAUCUUUUUUAUUAUUAUUAUUUAUUCAUGGAGAUCAUAUAGUUGUGUGAUGUUGGCUAGAAGAAUACAUUUAUACUAAAAUAUUGUGCCUUUUUUCAGAAGCCAUCAAAAGUUCAAAUCAGCGACGUCAGCUUCAAGAAUAUUCAAGGAUCGUCAAGAACGCCCACGGCCGUUCAAAUUACGUGCAGCAGCAGCGUACCAUGCAAGGACAUUGUGCUUUCUAACGUUAACCUCAAGUACACCGGAUCUAAGGGAUCUGCAAAAUCUGUUU